UCUACCUCACUCCAUCGCAGCCGUUGAUCGAUUCAGCUCAUGAAGUGAGUGUUGGUCUGUUGAAUUCAGUGUGCCCCACCCUUUGCUUUUUCUUCCUUCUUAUUCACAAUCCAACAACCCAAUUCUCCACCAUUCCAUUCCAACCCCAACCCCAACCCCAACCCCAACUCACUUCUUAGUUUUCUCGUGUUGUAUAGUAUCUAAAUUCUUGAUAGUUUUUUAUGGGCAUUACCUCUCUUCAAGUUUGCAUGGAUUCAUCUGACUGGUUGCAGCAGGGCACAAUUUCCGAGGAAAUCGGCGCAGGAAUGGACUCCUCCUCCUCCCCAGCCGGCGGCGACGACAUACUAGCAUGCAGCCGGCCUCUAACGGAGCGGCGCCUCCGCCCCCAGCACGAGCAGUCCCUGAAAUGCCCGCGCUGCGACUCCACCCACACCAAAUUCUGCUACUACAACAACUACAGCCUCUCCCAGCCCCGCUACUUCUGCAAGACCUGCCGCCGCUACUGGACCAAAGGCGGCACCCUCCGCAACAUCCCGGUCGGGGGCGGCUGCCGCAAAACCAAAAAAAACCCCUCCAAAAAGCCCUCUUCCUCCCCCUCCUCCCCUCUCCCCGCCGCCGCCUCCAUGUCGCCGGCGAGUCCCCACUCCGCCGCCGUCGACCUCCGCCUCUCCUUCCCGGACCACCUCCGCUUCCAUGCAUCCACCGGGUUGUACGGUGCGAACCCUCCCUACAUGCUCGAAAAUAAUCUCACUCCGAUUGAUUUCAUGGACAAUAAAUACGAGGCCCUUUUGGGGGGCGGCGGCGGCGAUGCUUACCACCACCUUAAUUUUGGCGGAACGCUUCCCAAUGGCGGGGGCAUGGCGGGGUUUGAUCUCGGCCCGUAUGAUAGUAUUACUAAUAUUCAAAACGAUGUCGUUGAGGCUAAACCUAAUGCUAGGUUUUUGUCGUUGGAAUGGCAUGAUUAUCAGCAGCAGCAGCAACAACAGGCUUGUAAUGUGAAUGGGUACGGAUUCGGGUCGUGGGCCGGGUUGGUCAACAACGCGUACGGGGCGUCCGCGACGAAUCCCUUAGUUUAAAUAUUUACUAGUUAUGUGAUGGUGGAUGUAAUGUUAUUAGGGUUUGGUCUAUGAUCAUAUGUUAAAUCAAAUGAAAUGGGAGGCUUGAUUAACUAGGGUGGGAUAGUAACUUCUUUUUCAUAUUUUGGUGGUUUAAAAUUCUAAUUGUUGAGUGUGAAUGGGGAAUGUGGAAGUGGAAGUCUUUGAGUAUGGUUAAUUUAUUUGGUGUGUUAAUUUUGACAUGUAUAUUAUAUACUCCCACCA